UGCAAUAAACUCUAUUUAAAAUUCGAUAUGUAAUUCUUCUUCCCCUUGGCUUUACUUAUAAUUUGCAGACAUUCAAUUGAAAAUCCCUAUUCCAAAAACCCUAAAAACCCAAUCAUGGCUUCCAUUCCCCUCCUCCGCCUCUCCCUCCCCAAUCGCCCCGCCGUCCGCCUCCCCCACCCCCUCAAAUCCACCCUUCACCCACCUCCCCAAAUCCGCCCCAAAUCAAUCACCACGACGACCACAUCGAGGUGCUCCUACACUCCAACGCCGGCGACGGACCGCCUGAUCUCCGCCGCUUCCUACUUCAUCCCCUUCUUCAACGGCCUCCAGUACGGCCGGUUUCUGUUCGCGAAGUACCCUCUCCUCGCCGCCCCCUUCGAGCCGCUCAUCCCUCUCCUCUCGCUCUACCACUCGGUGCCCUACGCCAGCUUCGUCACCUUCUUCGGCCUCUACCUCGGCGUGGUGCGGAACCCUAGCUUCAGCCGCUACGCCAGGUUCAACGCGCUGCAGGCCCUCGUUUUGGACGUGCUGCUGGUGCUGCCGGUGUUGCUGCAGAGGAUAAUUGCUCCGGGGCGGAGCGGGAUCGGGCUGAAGGUCACGGCUUGGGCCUAUUCUGGGCUUUUUCUGUUUGUGGUGGCCUGCUUUGUCUAUGGGCUUGUCUCUAGUGUUCUUGGCAAGACUCCAUAUUUGCCAAUUGUUGCUCAGGCCGCCGGCAGACAGCUCGAAUGAUUUCUCUCUUUUUUUUUUUUUUACUCGAUAAAUGUAUGUGAGGUUGAGAAAAACGUUUGUUCAGAGAGUUGAAUAAUAUUGCUGAUUUAUUCAU